CAGGCCGCGAGCACUAGGCUACAUCAGCCUCUUUGUCAUCCGGUGACGGGUCUCUGCCGACCGUCGCGCGGCAUUUUCUCGGUCGGUCGACAGCUAGGAGACCGUCUCCUGUCCUCGGUCGUCAAACGUGUUUGUCGUCAGAAUAUUGUCUUUGGCUGCUGCAGGUCGUCGCCAGGGCAAGAUUGUCUCCUGCAGGUCGUUUCCAGGCCAAGGUCGUCGUCUACAUUCUUCACCAGGCUGCGGUCAUCUCCAGGCCAAGGUUGUCAUCUACAAUCAUCUCCAGGCCAAGGUUGUCAUCUACAAUCAUCUCCAGGCCAAGGUUGUCAUCUACAAUCCUCACGAGACAAAGGUCGUCAGCUACAAUCCUCUCCAGGCCGGGGUCGUCAGCUAGAGUUGCCGCCUAAGCACGGCGCAUUAGCGGGGUGCCAUCCACAUGACGGCUUGCCUGUAUCGGGAUGUUCAGCACCUUCGCUGCCCUCCUGGCUGCUACCCACCUCCUGGCUGCCACCCACCUCCUGGCUGCCACCCACCUCAUGUUCGCCACAUAUUCUGUACUAGGUGAAGCUUCACCGUGUGAAAGAAACAUCACUGUAGAGACGUGUGUAAGGAACAUCACUGUAGAGACAUCUGUCACCCCUACCACCGAUGCCUACACCUAUCGUCUUCACUUGAGUCCACAAUGUCUCGCAUGUGCCGCAAACAGGAGCUGGGAGAUAGAGGUUGUCGGAUGCGAUGACCAAAGGGUUAUGGAAACCUACAAAGGCAAAAGGGAGGAGGGCCGGAUGUGUGGGCUGAAGAAGGGCUGCAAGAGGCUUCGGGCGGACGGCGUCUUCUCCAGGACCUUCACCACCGGCGGCACUCAUGUACCUCUUCAGGUCUCUAUCCUCCAGUUCAAUGCCACCCGUCUUGAGCUGGCACUAAAGUCUGACCCUCGGGUGAGGUCGUGGGACCUGUACGUCAGCCGCUGUGAGGCUGGAAACACAGGCAGAUGUACUAAAGAAACUAUCCACAACGUCGGCAGCGCCACCCAUCUUCUCUACCACAACACCUUCUCCCGUCGCUUCUGUUACUACUUCCAGCUACAGCCUGUGAGUCAUGACCCCAACUGUGAGCUAUCGUCCUCCAUCAGGAAGUUCCCGAGUAAAACCUGUCUCAACCCUUCCGCGCCUACUGCAGCCUCGUCGCCGUCUCCGAAAGGGUGGUUGACAGGAUGGGUGGGCCUGGGCGUGGUGGGCGUAGCUGCUGUCCAGGGCGGUCUGGCGGCGGCCAUUUAUUUCAGGUGCCGGAUAAUACCUGGUGGCCAUCGUCAGGAGGCGGAGUUGAGCAAGGUGCCCCACCACCAGCAGCAGCAGCAGCAACAGCAGCGGCAGCAGCAGCAGCGGCUAACUAUAGUGCUCCUGUACGCUGAAGACGACCCAUCAAACCUCCGGCAGGUGGCUCGCCUAGCCACCUGGCUCACUCACCACCUGGGAUGCCAGGUGUACGAUAUAUACGACAAGGUUGGGAAGGUGGAGCAGACAAGCGACCCGUGCCAGUGUCUGCUGGGGCACCUCGCCGCCGCCUCCAGCAGCGCCUCCAGGAGGGUUGUGUUGGUGGUGUCCCCAGCGCUCACCGCCGUCAUGAAGGCAGUGCUGGAGGGCCGAGCUGACCAAGCUAUGGAUGGGGUCCCUCCUGCCAAAAGACACCACACUAGCCUCUUGACAGCAGCUCUUAAGAGAUUACUCGAACAGGACCUCGUCAGGAAUUACCGUCGAGUGUUCGUCGUCAGCUUGCACACGGAGACGGAAGUAUCGCAGACGGAGAAGACACUAACAGAGAAAACAAAACCGCAUACCAAAGUUACAAAAGAAGUAGAGAACAAACAGUGUGAGGCAGACGCCAACAUCGACCUAUUAGUGGAGCACCGGCGCUACAUCCUUCCCCAUCACCAGCAGCAGCUGGCAGCUGCUAUCUUGGAGGACAAAAUGGCUCUGGAGCCGCUGAUGAUGGUAUGAGUAGUGCCCCCUGCAGGGCCACCCAAGCAAGGGUGUGUGGGGCUCCUAUAACACAAAGACAUGUAUUGUAUACAUUACGGGCUAUUCAUGCCCGUGUCACCUCUUGGGUGGCUUACCUUUGGAGCGAGUAUAUUAUUGGGAUAAUCUACUCACUACACAUCACAGGAAAAAGGUUAUCAUGUAUAACCAAACUCAAUUACGGGCUCACCAUAGCCCGUGCUACAUGGACACUUCGUCCUGAGUAGCUAAAGCUUUAACAACAACUCGCUACACCUUCAACAAUCAAUCAAUUGCAUACACACAGACUAGAACUUCUACAGCACAUGCGUAGACUUUCACAUGUGACAAGACCCACUAUCCACAAGAAGUUGGUCAAUACUUGUGAUAAAAUUAAUGUAAAUAUGUAGUCAAAGAAGUACAAAUUAUAUACUAUACGAACUACAAACUGUAUAAAGUAUUUAAACAUUCUAAACACGUUGACCUCGUCCAUAUCCAGGCUACUAGAGAUGGCGGCCCUCGGCUAAAAACUUAGUUCAAUGUUUUUAUUAUAUGUUUCCGAGAGGGUCAUCAUCAGACAAGGGGAUGUGAAUACAAUGUCUACAUAGUAUUUAUAUUUUGUACAGUCACUAAUAAUGUUGACAUGUAGCGUUUUGGGCAAAAUUCAUGUGGUUUUGCAGCAAAUGAAAAUAUUAAAAGAUGGCAAUAAACCCAUCAAGACUAUGUAGCACCGGCAGCAAAUGAUAGCUUUAACUAAUAAAUUUUAAUAUUAUA